UUGUGAUGAUAAUUAACUUGGAAUAAAAACAAACCAAAGCACAAACUUAAAACAUAUGACUCUCUCUCUUUCAAACCUUCGCCACUAGGGCUUUUUCAAUAUAACUUAAUGCAUUACAAUUGUAUCUUUCCAAUCAAAAGCAGGUAACCCUAGCGGUAAAUGUAAACGUGAAAUAUUAUACUUUUAACUAUGCACAUUUCAACCAUUGUAUUUAUAUCUUUAUUAUGAUUAUUUUUAUACUGAAUUUAACUAAACCAUUUGUACCCUGACAUCUCUAUGUCCCAUGGGAGACAUAUAUACUCCGAACUUUUCUUCAACAUUAUCAAUAAAGUUUGACUUAAACUCUCAACUUUGCCUCUUCACUCCCUUGUGCUGCCCUCUCUCCUUCUUACUCUUCACUUUGAACCGAAAGGUUUUAGAAUAGUAAGAUCCCUCCCCUUUCUCUCUUACUUUUCACUUUUGGUUCAUCUCCAUAGAAAAUGGAUUUCCUCUCUUUCGAGCCGGAUUACGAUCCCGAAUCCAUCGAUUCUCCCGCUUGCUCGCCUGGACAUUGGUUUGGUAGCGACAUCUGUGGUCCUGAUUCUGAACCAACCCCUGCUGGACCUGUUAGCAAGCCCUUGGUAGUCUUUGGUGGUGGUUUGAAUACGCCCCCUGGUGGAACUUUUCGACCCUCAGCUGCCAAUUUUCGCCCUUCUCCUUCAGCCAGCUGUCCUCUUGGUCCCUCUAUCAGCCGCCCCUUCCAGCCUAAUCGUCCUUUGGUGGAACAGAACCCCCCUAAGCCAGUUGAUCGACCCAGCUUCCUCCGUCCUUUGGUAACUCCUGAAGUUCAAGCUGUUGAAACUCCCGCUGGUCCUUCUGCUCCAUCUAUUGGCCCCGUUAAACCUGGUAAAGCCAAGAAUAAGAAACGAAGGGAAGAAAGAAAACUCUACCUUCAAAAGCAGCGUUUAGAAGCCGAACUAUCUGGAACUGUCUGCUUGGCUUACGAAGCUCAUCUCCAGAAGAAGCAGAGAAAGACUGAAGAAAGAGCCGCUAAAUUCUUCAAGCAAGGUAUUCAGAAAGCUGCUGAAGCUUCACGAUUAAAAGAGCAACUUGCUCAAAGCAAACCCACCUUCUCUUCUACAGCUGAAUUCAACGCCAUCAAAGCUAAUCUUCCCGCUCGACAAGAAUCUCGUCAACUCCUUAACAGAGCUGCUUCAACUGCUACUUACGCUCUCCACUUUGACUCUAUUAAUCGUUCCUUUGCCCCAAACAUUGUACCUCAAUCUGCAACACCAGUUGAGCACCUCCAUAAGUUAGUUUUUAAACAAUAAAAGUUUUUGUAUUAAUAUAGUUUUAUUUCCUUUCAUAAUGGCAAAUGAUCUUGAUGAUACUACCCUCUCUGAUCAAAUACCAGAUCCAAAUGCCCAAGGAGAUAACCUCGACUCAAACCCAAUCACAAAUCCAAAUCAACCAACCCAUCCACCCUUGGUCAACCCAACAAAUGUUCGUCUACCAACAUUAAUCCGUAAUCCAUACCUCCCUGGCACACCAACAGUUCGAUUCCAAGACCAAAAUAUGAAUCGUUUAUCCACUACAUCACAACUAGACACGACUAUCGACCAACCAACGCAGUACAUUACCUUACCACAGAAGAAGGUUCUCAAAUGUUAUACUGGCGAACCAUCUGGUAUCCGCAUCCAAGCUUGGUUAGUCCUGUACGAAAGACAUAUCAACACCAACGAUUCAUACACCCUUAUAAGAGACUUAGUCUACAGCCUAGACAAAGAAGCUCUAAGUUGGUACGCCGAGGAAAUCGCAUCUGAAGAGCAUGUUGAUUGGAACGCUGUCAAAUCUUUAAUGAUCACUCGCUUCGGUUCUGAAUUCAAGGACCCACUUCUCGAAGCUCAACGUAUCCGUCUUGAGCGUACAGAGACAGUGACUGAGUAUUAUCGCCGCAAGAUAAAACUCCUUCGUGAAGCAAAAUUAGCUGAACAUCAAGUCAUCUCUCAGCUAACUUCUGGUUUACCCUUUGCUUGGACUCUCCAUAUGAGUUCUGGACGCCCUCGUACACUCUCUGAUUGGCUCGAAAUAGCCACUGAAACCGAAAUGCGUUACAAACAAAAGGAAAAAUUCCUAACAAAGCAAUAACCAAAGAAACCCGCUGCUAAAACAUUGGUCGCCGCACCUCCACAUAACAAUAGCCGCCCUCGUCAAUCUGCUGAACGCCGUCCUCCAGUUUGUAGGUACUGUGAAAGACUUGGUAAAAAGGAAAACCAUUGGCAUCGCGAAUGUCCUAAUCGUUCUCAAACCAGUCAACCUCAACCAUCGACCCACACUGCCGAGGAAGAACUCCAUCCAGAUGACCCCGGAGACGUAUGUUUCGCUAAAAACAUAUCUCCAAUACUCAAAUUCAUCGAUAUUCCACUAACAAUCGAAGGUAUUUCCGUCGAAGCCUUCAUUGACACCGGUAGUACAAUCAGCAUUAUGAGUCUAAAGACAUGUAAACGACUCAACCUUCCCAUCAACAAUAAACAACAAAUAACCAUCAACCAGCUAGAAGGUUCAACCAAGAGUGUUGGAUACACUCUCGCCUCAACUACCAUCCACAAAACAACCAAGACGAUCAAGUAUCACAUCAUCUCCAACUUCCGCUAUCCAAUCUUAAUCGGUCUCAACACCAGUAUCGAAUUCGGUCUUCACCUUAACCUAGAAGAUAAGACUGUCAGCAUUCGAUCACCAGAGACUCAAGAAUUAGUAACCCUAUUAGGAGAAACACAUGAGAAAGAUCAACUUGCCGCUCUCAUCGAAAAACAUAAAUCUGCCUUCGCCCAAAAUGAAACAGACAUUGGCCGCAUCACCGUUGCCAAACAUCGGAUAACCACUAUUAACCAUCCUCCAAUUCAACUUAGGGCCUAUCGUCGUCCUCAAGCCGAACUUGAUGAAAUAAGUCGUCAAGUU